AUGUCGCAACAUCUGAGCGCACGGAUCGCAGCGCUUGCGCCAACGCUCUGCCGCACGUUCCAGAACAAGGCCGCGCUGCGGCCAAUACCUGCGCCGCGAGGCUCGAUUGCGACGGCGGGGGACUUCUUGAAGAGGAUUGGGCGGUCCGCGGACACGAAGCUGACGGUGGAGUCGUGGGACGACCUAUGGAAGUUUGACGGACCGCAACUGAAGAAGUUGGGGCUGGCGGUGCGCGAUCGUAGGUACAUUAUGUGGAGCUUGGAGAAGUACCGUCAGGGCGAGGAUCCGGCGGAGUUUGCACACCCUCCAAAACCGAAGAAAAAGAUUCGUGGGUGGGGUCCAGCUGUGCAGAACGGGAAGCGGAUACGUUCUCGGAGACACCGCGCGCGUGCGCAGCAGUUGACGAACUCGUGUGCGUUUGUUGAUCGACAGAAAUGUUGCCUCGUGUAUUGUCUGGCCCAUCGCCCCCACAACCCUCCGUCAGCUCUUUGCACCCGCAUCUGCAACAACUUCCAAACAUCGAAUGCUCCUGUACUACACCAAGUUCCGCACUUCGGUGUGGGCCCGCAAACGACAAAAUGGUAUAAUCCAGCACCCUCGGAGAAACUUAUUCACUACCGCAGACCCUUGGAGGGCUCCGAGUACGAUGUUCACUAUGGCGCUGCCACUGUGCACAGGUGCCGACCGGCGUCCACCUCCAGGGAUGCCGCUCUGGCAAGGGCACCCUUUCUUCCCGCUGACCCCCGUGCGUCCUGGCUCGGUUCCUACCCGUCGGGAGGUGUGCCCUCGUCUUCUGUUCUGAGUCCGACCGGUGGUCUCUUGCGCAAUGCGGCGUCCUUCCCUUCCUCGAUGCGCCUUCCGUCGCAGCAGGAUGCUCUCGGACUCGAUCAAGGUACCUCGUUUAAUGGCGACUUCGACCUCUGUGCAACCACUGCCCCUCUAACGGACUUCCUCCCCGCUGACUUCGGACUCGACGCCUCGUCUGCUCUGUCUACUCAGCGGCAGCAGCAUACCCUGUAUGUCGAUCCGACGCUCCUCGUUCCGCCAAUUUUCGCUCCCGCACCCGUCCGCGCACUCACCCGAAUGCAAACCCAAGCGCGUCUGGACGCGUUUCUCCAGGACGCCGUAGGUGAGCACGAUACGGUGGAAGCGAACGCUCCCGCGUUCACUCCCCGGGCGUGUCCUCCUUCGCGUCGGAGUCUGCGGGUAGCCACCGCCAAGAAGAGCCGCCAGUCGCCAGGGCCCAUCACACCUCUCGCGCCGCCGCCGUAUCUAGAGACGGCCGCGUACAGGUCAACCUGCGGGUCGACAUCGAGCGCCUCGAACAGCGGAGCGUCCCCUUCGCCCGCGUUGUCACGAUCUUCCUCCUCUGUAGAGGGUGCUGUGCGCCAGUAUACGCGCCGAAACAAGCAGGUCGCCGGACCUGUGGUGUGUCCCGACGAGGGAUCGACCGUGUGCCCCAUGUGCAGCAAGAAGAGCUCGCGGUUGCACGAUGUCGCGCGGCACAUGGAGACCCACAAAGGGAAGAUUGAGGGCAUGUGCGGCGGAGUGUCCUGGGAGGAGGCACUCUGCCUCGGGGUCGACAUCACCAAGGGCCCAACUUUGGUCGACGAGGGUCUUGCGUACUACGGUGGAUGCAAGAAGGUAUUCAGCAGGGCGGACGCACUGCAGCGGCACUUGAAGUACACAAAAGACGGGUGCGUGGGGAGUGUUGGAACCCCAUACAACCUCUCCCUUAGAAAAACCUGCCGUCGACAGCGACUGCAUUGCCGCUAA